ACUUCCAUUCCAUCGGUCUCUCAGCCCAUUCACACUCACUCUUGUCUUGACACUACUACCUCAACAUCCAUUUUAUCAAGAACAACUCCACUUCUGAUGAAAUAUUGGUAAAAACUUCCAAAUAUCUCUAUCUUAAUUUCCUUUACCAGGUUCACUGAUUGAUUCCUUCCCUUUUCUUUUUUCAUUGAAGAUUUUUGGUUUCCUACUUUCAGAUAUUUUUAGUAGUGCUUUUAAGGAUCCCUGAGUUGUUUUUUACAAGUUGCAGUUUCUUUAGCCAAUUUAAGUACCAAAACAAGAUUUUAGUGGGGCAGAUGUUGCACUAACUAGCAUAGUCCAAGAACCCAAUUUCAGCUUAUCAUUGUGCUCGCUUUUAGUUGUUGAAGGCGCAUUCACAAUUAUAACAAUUUGUCUUUCCAUGGCUACUUUAAGCUUUAGUUGUAUUACUUAAUGCCCUUCAUCUAAAUUUUUGUUUCUGCGGCUGCGCUAGUUUUCUGGAUCUAUAAUCCUUUGUUCUUCACAAUUGUGGAGCAAGCAGCCGCGGGUGAUUAAUUCGCAGAAAAGAAGAAGAUGACAUUAGCUUCAACUGAAAAGGUAGCUUUAGGCUCAUUUGCCUUCGGAAUCUUCUGGAUGUUAGCUGUGUUUCCGGCAGUCCCAUUCUUACCUAUCGGAAGGACAGCUGGUUCAAUGCUUGGUGCCAUGCUAAUGGUCAUGUUCAGAGUUCUUUCUCCAGAUCAAGCAUAUUCUGCAGUAAACCUACCAAUUCUUGGUCUUCUCUUCGGGACUAUGAUUGUGAGCACAUACCUUGAAAGAGCAGAUAUGUUUAUGUACUUAGGCAAGCUGCUUUCCUGGAAAAGCCUUGGUCCCAAAGAUUUACUCUGCCGCGUCUGCUUCAUUUCCGCUAUUUCGAGCGCUUUAUUCACCAAUGAUACCUGUUGUGUUGUUCUCACUGUAUUUGUACUGAAGAUUGCUAAGCAGCAUAAUCUUCCACCUCGUCCGUUCUUACUAGCUUUAGCAUCUAGUGCGAACAUUGGGUCUUCUGCAACUCCAAUUGGUAACCCGCAGAAUUUAGUCAUAGCUCUCCAGAGCAACAUCAGUUUCCAAGAGUUCGUAUACGGGAUUCUUCCUGCAAUGAUUGUGGGAAUAGUUGUGAAUACCUUCAUUCUCUUGUGCAUGUUUUGGAGGGAAUUAUCUGUUCAGAAGGAUGAAGAAGAUGUUGUUUCCGUAAAAGAAGUAGAAGUUUCCAAGGCAGAUGUGACUUCCCACCGCUUCUCACCUGCGACCAUGUCAUUUUCUCAAGAAUGGAACUCUACGUUAGAUGGGGAAAUGACAAACAGCAGAUCAUCUAGAUCAAACAGUUUGGGGGAGUUUGGAAACAGGAUAUCUUCUAGCCUCGAGAUGCGCUCACACCAUGUAGGAAGUGAUUCUGCAAAGAUGCACACUGAAUCAAAAGAGAAUGGUAGUGUUACUGACCCUUUCGCUCGGUUGGAAAAUAUGACUUCAUCUAGGGAAACGAAGGUUACAAUAAUUGAAAUGAGCAAUAGUAAUAAACUUGUUGAUAUUAAUGGUUCGAAAGAUAUGGCGGUAUCUAUUCAAAUUUCAGAAGAAAGGGAGGGUCUUAUAAAGAAAUGGAAGAGGUUGGUAUGGAAAACAUCUGUUUACCUGGUCACAAUAGGGAUGCUAAUUGCACUUCUGUUGGGUCUAAACAUGUCAUGGACUGUCAUAAGUGCUUCCCUUGCUCUGAUGGUUCUUGAUUUUAAAGAUGCAGGACCAAGCCUCGAGAAGGUAUCCUAUGGUCUCCUGAUAUUCUUCUGCGGAAUGUUUAUUACCAUUGACGGCUUCAACAAAACGGGAAUACCAAGCGCCAUUUGGGAUUUUAUGGAGCCUCAUGCACGCAUCAACCAUCCUAGCGGAAUCAUAGUGCUCGCUGUUGUCAUACUUGGCCUCUCAAAUCUUGCUUCAAAUGUACCUACUGUAUUGUUGCUUGGAGCACGAGUUGCAGCAUCAGCGGCGCUAAGCUCUGCGUCAGAUAAAAAGAAAGCAUGGCUAAUAUUAGCAUGGGUGAGUACUGUUGCAGGUAACUUAUCAUUGUUAGGAUCAGCUGCAAAUUUGAUAGUCUGUGAACAAGCUCGUCGAGCCCAUCCAUUAGGUUACGAUCUUUCCUUCCGGAAGCAUCUACAGUUCGGAUUUCCCUCGACUCUGAUUGUCACUGCAAUUGGCUUGUUGCUUAUAAGGGGUUGACAUGAAGCCUUCCUGUUCUUUAAUAUGUACAUAAAUGUAGAAUUGUUAUAAGAACUGCAAAAUAAGCUGAGAAGCGAGAAGCGGAACCAAUAAGCUCAGAUAGUUAAAGAGAACUCAUGUACUGUAAGCUUUUCUGAUUUAUCAAUAAUGCAAGUUCACUAGAGGUGUACACUGUAAUA